AUGACGACAGUCUCGAAAGAUGCUCAGCAGAGCUCAUACCCUCCGAUAGCUCCGCCAGACUUCAAUGCACAUCAACCAAAGACCGUCAGACUGUAUCCUUUGAGCAACUACACUUUCGGCACAAAAGAGACCCAACCAGAAGAAGAUCCCUCAGUCCUCGCUCGCCUAAAGCGCCUGGAAGAACAUUAUGAUGAAUACGGCAUGAGAAGGACCUGCGAAGGUAUCCUUGUAUGCCACGAUCACAACCACCCUCACGUCCUCAUGCUGCAAAUCGCAAACGCCUUCUUCAAACUUCCUGGAGAUUACCUACCACACGAUGCCGACGAGAUUGAGGGCUUCAAGAUCCGCUUGAACGAAAGACUUGCUCCCUCGGGUAACCAAUUCUCCAACGACGGCAACGAAGGCGAAUGGGAGAUUGGCGAAACUCUUGCCCAAUGGUGGAGACCCAACUUCGAGACUUUCAUGUAUCCCUUCAUCCCUCCACAUGUCUCGCGGCCGAAAGAAUGCAAGAAGCUAUACUUCAUCCAACUACCCAAGAGCAAAGUCUUGAGCGUCCCAAAGAACAUGAAGCUACUUGCUGUGCCGCUGUUUGAGCUGUACGACAACGCUCAGCGCUACGGUCCUCAACUCUCUGCCAUUCCCCACUUACUAUCCCGGUACAAUUUUGAGUUCGUUGACGAGAACGGAAAGGUGUCAGCCGUAACACCAGGAGGCAACCCGAACGAGGGCAGUGUGCCCAAGACAAAGAUACUAGCAGGCGGCGACGAGUCUUUGCAACAAGAGAAUGGAGCUGAGCAGGACUCAAAAAUGGAGUAG